UUCAUUACCGUCUCAAACAUACAACAAUGAGGCCAGCAACUUCAUCAUCAAAAGAUCAAAUUUACAACAAUAUUCCACCAUUGAAGGUCAAUAAAGAAUCCCAUGCGAUCAAAAAAGCGUCAUCCUUGUCGUCGUCGUCGUCAUCUCCACCAUCCCACCGCCACCCGGUUAUCAUCUACACCCAUUCGCCGAAGAUCAUCCACACGCACCCCAGAGACUUCAUGGCAUUGGUGCAAAAGCUGACAGGGUUGUCACGGUCAAAUGAGGAGAGAAAUGGUUUGAUUGAAAAUGGGGGUGGAGGGUCGUUGGCGGAAGACAAUAAUAAUAAGAACGGAAAAAUUAAUGGUGGGCAUGACGACAAUGAAUCGUCUUCCGUGAUAACAACCGAAGAAAAUUGUUGUGGUGGCGGUGGUGGUACUGUCGGAGACGGUCAAGUAAAUUCUUGUUUCAUGCCACCACCAAUUUUUGAGCCUCCGAAUCCAUUUUUGACAAAUAAUAUUCCGGUUUUUACACCGAAUUCAGCUGAGUUUUUAUGUUCAAAUCAGUCAUUUUACAAUUAUACAACUGAGUCAUUGCUUUUUUCUCCCAAUAUCAGAGGUUCUAUAUCAUCUUCUUCAUCUUCAGCACCUCAAGGCAUGAAUGAUUUUCGAGAAUUUUAGCAUUACAUAUAUUUUUACUACUAUCAUUAUUAUUAUUAUUAUUAUUUCAGGCAUAAAUUCUUUGAUAGAAUUCUUUCGAUUAUUGUUUUUGAUGAUAAGAAUAAGGGUUCUGAGUUUUACAGGAUAGAAGUUUUUCUUUUUCUAAAAUUUUCAGGAAUAAUUUUUUACAAAACGAAACAGAAAUUGUUUGUUUAUUCCUGUCCGUGGUUAAUAUUAAUUUCUUUCAACACAUAUAGUCACAGCUAUGGCUGUUUUUUUUUUUUUUUUAAAUUUAUAUUGGAUAUAUUUUGUAACGUUUUAUAAAAUAAAAAUAA